UUUCAACUUCCUUUUCCCCUUCUUCUCCUGUGUUUCUUUCAUAUCUUUUUUUUUUUUUUUUUUUUUUUUUUUUUUUUUUUUUUUUUUUUUUAUUUUUUCUUCUUUUCUCGUAAUCAAAUCAGUCUUCCUACAUCUCACGACUUUCAUGUUCACUUCUCGAACAUUUGACUUCCACCACCAGCAUCUACCAUGAUCCGCGUCCACAAUUCUCAACUGCCUAGCCACGUGGCCAAUGGGCUCCAUCCGCUUAUUGUCCGGCAACUCACGUCGCUUGAUUACAUGUUUCGAUUCUUCAGACACUUAACCCGGCAGAAGACGGCGAAUCCAAGAUCAAAGAUCCAAAUGUUUCCCGCAAUCCACACCUGGAGGCGCGGGGAGCCGGCCCGGCAGGAGUACUUCACCUUCAAGGAUGGGCUCUGGCACCCGGUUGAGGUGCAGGGCUCAACCAUCCCGCCCGGCUCUGAGACGCCCGCGUCGUUCCAGUUCUCCGUCUUGUCCUGGAACAUCGACUUCAUGCGCCCGCACGGCGAUGCCCGCAUGACGGGCGCGCUGCAGCAUCUCCAUUCACUCACCAGCAGACACGCCCAGCCGAGCGUCAUCAUGCUGAACGAGAUGACUGAGGGCGAUCUGAAGCUGAUCAAAUCGGCCGACUGGGUGCGCGAGCACUACAACAUCACCGACGCGUCGCCCGGCCACUGGGAGUCCCCGGGUUACGGCACCACGAUGCUGGUCCCCCGCGCGCUUCCCAUCAAGGACGUCUUCCGCAUGCACUACGAGCGCACCGCGAUGCAGCGCGACGCGCUGUGCGUCGACGUGCCGCUGCCGCGCGGGCGCACCCUGCGCCUGUGCACCACGCACCUCGAGUCGCUGAAGGCGCGGCCGCCGCUGCGCCCCGCCCAGCUGGCCGCCGCCGCGAGGCUGCUGCGCGAGGCGCACGCCGGCGUCCUCGGCGGCGACCUCAACGCCAUCGAGCCGUUUGACCGCACGCUGCAUGCCGAGAACGGGCUGAGGGACGCAUACCUGGACAGCGGCGGGGUGGAAGGCGCCGAGGAGGGGAUGACCUGGGGUCAGAUGGCGGGGAGGAGGGAGAGGGACCGGUUUGGGCUGAGCAGGAUGGAUAAGAUCCUGUUUUGCGGCGGGGUGCGGCUGUUGGGGUUUGAGCGGUUUGGCAUGGAUGUGCUGAUGGAGGGCACCGAGGAGGAGCGGCAGGAGCUGAUGGACCAGUGGGCGAUGGAGAAGCCUUGGGUGACGGACCACUUGGGCGUCAAGGCAGAAUUUCACAUCGAGUUGGCCGAUAAAGACGAGCCUGCAGAGGAAGAUGGUGUCGGGCAGGAGCCUGGCCAGCCCGAGGCGGGCAGUUAGGUAGUGACAGGGAGUGAGCGGCGUGUUCGUGUAGGUAGACCUGCGUCCUUGGGGGUUUGAGAAGGAAAAGCAAGAGUGAGGAGUGAGGGCAAACAGGGGGCCCUUCACCGGUUCUACGAUGGAAUUUGGCAGCAGAAAGCGUGUCCGUUGCGCAUUAGCACCAGCAGAUCUCCCUUCACAUCUAGGUUUAGCAACGCUGGCCGGUCCUUACCUAAAUACCUUACAAGUAAUGCCAUCCAUGGAUGUUCAGGUACCUCAGGUAUGGAAUACGUUCAACAUGAGUGGC